AUGACGCUGACGUAAAAACCUUGAGUUAUUUAACCGUCUGACAUUUGGACAAGAGAGACAUUUGCGCACAGUAAAAGCGACUAAUAUGUUGUCUUCUAUUGCUGCAAAAAGACUUGUUCCUGGGCUGCUGCAUGGAGUAUGGAGACCAGCAGUGACCAUCUCAUUUCGUGGGUACCGUGGUUCUGCACCUGAGGACACUAAAGGGGACCUGAUUGAGAUCCCAUUACCACCGUGGGAGGCCAAACACAACGAACCCCUGGAUAUAAAGAGGCGACGGCUGCUCUAUGAGAGUCGCAAGAGAGGAAUGCUUGAGAAUUGUAUUUUGCUUAGCCUUUUUGCAAAGAGAUACCUGAACACAAUGAGCGAGACUCAGCUGCAGCAGUAUGACAGAAUUAUAAAUGAACCAAGCAAUGACUGGGACAUCUACUACUGGGCCACAGAAGCUGUGCCAACCCCAGAAGUUUACCAAGGAGAAGUUAUGGACUUGCUGAAGGAGUUCACCAAAAAUCGUGAUCAUGAACAGAGGCUGGAUGCACCAAAUUUGGAGUAUCUGGAUAAGGAAUUCCAGUAACCUUUUUAUAAACCUCAAAGACUGAACACUGACCAACACAUUGUCAGGACCUUGUCUCAUAUACUGUAUUCAGCAUACCUUGUGAAAAAGUGAUUGAAAAUAUAAAGUUGGUGGCCUUUUUCCUAUUCAAUGAAAGUGUAUUAUUCCCCUGUAUUAUUUAAUAAAUGUACAUAGC